AUAUAUAUAGAGAGAGAGAUAGGUAGAUAUGCAUAUAUUUCUCUUUCUCUCAUAAUAUAUACAUAUUUAUGCUUGUGCAUGUGCGCCCGGGAAGAGAGUACUUUCACUUGAAGCAAACUUAAAUUAAAUUUGAAAUUCUAACCCGGAAAACUCACACGCACACACAAACACACACAGAGCUUACACAUACACUCGCAACAAAUACAUUGACUAAAUAUUAGACAUCAGUCACCGUGUAGUGUGGUGCAGUAGUUGUGUCCUUUUUUGUUUUUUCAUCUUGUUCUGUGUUUUUCUUUCUUUUAUAAUAUCAUUCCUCAUGUGGUAUCAAUCUGUUGAGGAUGUCGUUAGCUUUUUUAUCUUUAUCCUUACCGGAGUUCUCAUUUGGAUGCUAAUGAGACGACCAAAGGGCAUUCCUCCAGGGCCGGUUCGCAUCCCAAUUUUGGGUAGCACAGCGCUGUUCACGGGAACGCAUCCGGGUGAUGUACUAGCAAGUCUCCAGCGACAAUAUGGUGAUAUAUUCAGUAUCUACGUUGGUAAUAAACUUCUGAUUUUCUUCAACGGUUAUGAAGUCUUCAAAGAAGCGUUUGUGAAAAAUGCCGCCGUGUUUAGUACCAAGGCGAGUACCCUGAUUACUGAGAAACUAGGACAAGGGAAAGGAAUUGUUUCAACGAAUGGUGUUACCUGGAAAGAACAAAGGAAAUUCACGCUCGGUGCUUUAAAAGAAUUUGGUCUUCGAAAAGCAAACUUGGAACUUCGUGUACAAACUGAACUAAAAGCUUUCAUCGCAGCCAUUGAACAAAUGGUGAAUGUACCAUUUGAUAUUCAUGAUGUCACGCAAACAGCCAUUGCCAAUGUUAUCUGCUCCAUAACUUUCGGACAACGAUUCGACUAUAACGACCCCGAAUUCCGUCAGUACGUGCAAGGAAUUGAUGAGAACAUGCAAGAUGUUGGAGUGAGUACAGUUGUUAACUUUUUCCCGAUCCUCGAACACCUUCCUGGGGAUCCUUUCAAAAUCAAAAAAGUUUUCAAGAACAUUAAGAAAAUGGAAAAAUUCAUUGAGGGUGUUGUCCAGCGUCAUCUAGAGGAUUUCGAUGAGUCAAAUAUAAAAGACUUCACAGACGCAUACAUCAAAGAAAUGGGGUUACAAAGCGAAAACAACCCGGACACUUCUUUUACUGUGGAACAGUUGCGUACCGUCAUCGGUGACAUGCUUGUAGCUGGGAUGGAAACAACAACCAGCUCUUUAUUAUGGUGCUUAGUCUACCUGCUGAACUAUCCUCAUUUCCAAGACACCAUACAGAAAGAAAUUGACUUACACAUCGGCCAGAAUCGAUUGCCAUCAUUAGACGACCGUCCACACUUACCAUUUCUUGAAGCGUGUAUCAUGGAAGUGCAACGCCACGCCAACGUCGUUCAGUUAUUGCUCGGCCGAAAGCCAGAACACCCUAUUACGUUUCGCGGUUAUAAUAUACCCGAAGACUGUAUCAUAAUACCGAAUCUCGGUUCCAUCAUGAACGAUGUAGCUUUCUGGGGCGACCCUAACAAUUUUAGACCCACCAGAUUUCUGGAGAACAGUAACAAAGUUAUAAAACCAGAAGGCUUCAUUCCAUUUUUUAUUGGCAAACGAAGUUGCUUCGGGGAGCCGUUAGCCAAAGCUGAACUGUUUAUAUUUUUGGCGGGUAUCUUGCAACAGUUUACUCUUGAAUGUACCCCAGGAGUAAAGCCACCGUCAUUGAAGGGUAAAUUUGGAGUUACAAAUGUUCCCGAGAGAUUUAAUAUCAAGAUUGUGCGAAGAUCGCAGACGCCUACAAACUCAGUAUUGAUAGAGAACACCGAAACCCUUGAAACGUCGACCAGUGAGAGCAACUGAACAUUCUGUUAGCUGUUUGAUGGAUACUAGUUAAACCUCAGUGAAUAUAUGAUAGAUGCAUGAAUACAUUGAUAGAUACAUAGGUAGACAUAUAUUCAUAUAUGUGUGGAUGUGUGCAUGUAUAUAUACAUAAUCACAUUGAUAUGUACAUACUAAAUUGUACUUUAAAAUCAUACACUUCUGUAUGCAAAUAUGUAUAUAUAAAUUGUACGCCUCAUUGUUUCAUUUCAUGCCUAAAUUUAUUACCGUAUUUAAAUGUAGCGAAAGCAUAAUCGAGUUUAAGAUUAUAUGUAUCUUUGUGUGUUUGUAUGUGUGUGUUUGUAUGUGUGUGUCUGUGUGCGUAUAUUGCGUGCUUGUGCAUGCGUGAGUGUAUGUAUGUGAGAAAGUACGAGAAAGCAUAGUUACGUCUCUAAUUUCAUGAGAUUGACCAACAAAUUGUUUUUUUCUUUUCUCGAACUCAUAAUACCGUUGAAUAAAAGAUCAGCUGUCAACGAACCAAAUCAGCGAGGUAGCUUUUAUUCCUAACAGACACCAUUUCAUUUUAUUUACGCUAUUAACGCAGGCCAAUCAGAAUUGAAUAUUCCUAUUUUUAUUUUCUCUAAAAUAUUUCAUAUGAAUUUAUAGAUGUCGAA